AUGGCUGCACCAUCGAGUCAAGAGGCGGCCAACACACGUUUCAGACACCGCAAGAUCUCGGUCAAGCAGCGGCUGCAGGUCUACAAGGCGUCGGACCUGCGAAAGCUCGACAAGGACGAGCUUCAGCAGCGCGAGCUUGUAGAGAUCGAAACCGGUGUCGAGAAGAAUGAAGAAAAGGAAGAGCAUUUGCACAAGAUCCUUCAAAAAAAUCAACUUACUCGCAAAGAGCUGUACAUUCCAACGCCGGACGCAUCACAAACAUGGGGGGAAUAUGAGAACUUCUAUAGAGGCAAGUUCGAAGAGCCCGUGAGUUAUAUACGGUUUUCUGCAACCGUAGAGGACUGCUGUGGCUCCUGCUACAACAUGGAUGAGCGGGACGAGCGUUUUCUUGAGUCCAAGGUGAACAACAAGCUCAAGGACGGCGAAAAGCUCUCGGAAACCGAGUUUGAGCUUAUGUGUAGCAGUCUCGAGGCUGCAAUACACGAACGGCAACCUUUCCUCAGCAUCGAUCCCGAAAACAUACUAUCUUUGGAAGAGAUAAAGCCGACUAUCUUGAAACGCGACCUCGGUGAUGCAGGUAUCAAAGACAAGCUAGCCGAGGAAAUCGGGGUACAACCACAACACUUUAUCACGCAGUUCGAUUCUGCAGUCCAGCAGGACAGCCGUCCCAUUACCGUCCUCUUUGAGAAGUUCGGGAAGCAGGUCUACAACCAUUGGAAGGGACGCAAAAUCGAGGCUCAUGGGGGCAAAAUAUGUCCUCAGCUUAAAUCUGAAAGGCCAGGGGAUCGCGACGAUAAUGAUCCGUACGUCUGUUUUCGAAGGAGGGAAGUGCGCCAGGCGAGGAAAACAAGAAGGGUUGAUUAUCAAAACAGUCACAAGCUGCGGCUUCUGCACCAGCAGCUCUUGUUUACCAAAAAGUUGGCUCUCCUAGUCGCCAAGCGAGAAAAAGUAUCUCUUGAUAUGCUCGAAAACGACCUGCGUGUCUUUGAACUGCGACGUGAUAUCAAACCUAUCAAACGCUCAGCGGUUAUCAGAGGUGACGACGAUCUUCUCCUAGACCAAAAGAAGCGGAGACUGGUCAGUAAUGUUGUGACAAGCACAGCCUUGGAAUCUAAUCCUAAAAAACUGAGGACUAAGUCCAAGAAGGCAAACGCCGACGCAGCGAACUCCAAGGUUGCAGUUGCUGCCAAGCCGCAAUCCAGAAGUAGCCAAGCGCAGAGUCAGCAAUCAGCUCAGCAGCUGCACUCUCAACAGCAAGCUCUGCUUCAGCAGCAGCAAGCACAACAGCAAGCACAACAGCAGAAGCAACAAGCCAACGCGAUUGCAGCUCAUGUUUAUGUCAAGCUCCCCAGCUCAAAGAUCCCCGAUAUACUCCUGGAGGAUGUUGACGACAUAUUGCUGAAAAAGGAAAGGAGUGCCCGCAACUAUGUGGAGGAAAGGAUGCGCAAGCGCAGACUUGAGGAUGGGGAAAGAUUCUUCAACCUCACAGAUGAUCCCUACAAUCCCGUUUUCGAUAUAUCUGUUCCUGCUGGUGUAUCCCCAACAAACGCGCCGUUCUCGUCAAUCGCGUCCUCCAAGUUUGAGAUUGAAAAGUCAUACUACGUUCCUGGCCUCGACAACUACCUGGAAGGAAAGGCCGACGACGUGGUUGUCUUGAAUAGGGAUGGCGAUAGGAUAGACAAUCCUAAAUACCGCAAAAUUGAGCGCUACAGGCCAUUCCAACAAAACUCAGGAGUACACACUCGCGAAUUGCCUUUUAGGCUAAGACGACGUGUCGGUCGUCUUGGCCUCGAGUAUAUUGACCGCAGAAGACCUUCAGAGGCGUUUGAACCGCUUAAAAGCUUCAUCAACCUAGCAGAAGUUGAAAAACAAGAGCGCGAAAACGACGUUAUCGAUGUAUAUGAUUCGAAGCUAGAUGCGCUUUCUAGACUGCAUGAUAGAUGGAAGCACGAUUCUGACUAUAAUGACCACGGAGCAAAAUUCUCUCACGAACCGGCACGGCUCAAUCAAAUUUCAAAUGACACUCAAGUCAUACGAUUCGGCACUAUGCUUGGCACAAAGUCUUACGAGCAACUACGCGACGCGACGUUUAAGUAUCGUCAAGAAAUUUACAAUCAGCGGAGAAUCCAAAAGAAUUCUAUUUCCCAAAAACACCCCCGUGUUAACGGGGUCACCCCUGCAUCUGCAUCAACACCAAGCAUGUCCUCAACGCCAGCGAGGACAUCCUCUUCGUCUUCAAUCAAGAGGAAUUCCAACACAAAGCAGCACGUUGCCUCUAUCAACUAG